CGGUUGUCGUAUUUCUUGCAACUGAGACCCUCGUACGUCAAGUGGUUACAGAGGGUUUAUCAAUAAAUGGUAGUUUUGUGGAGGCGUUUCCGUUGUCUUCGCCGGUAACGAAAGUUAUCUUAUCAAAUGUUCCGCCAUAUGUUGACGAUCAAGUGCUUUUAAAUGCCUUGUCAAGGUAUGGUAAAGUUAUGAGUGCGAUUAAACUCAUCCCGUUAGGGUCUAAAAAUUAAAAAGUCAAACACGUAAUGUCUUUUAGGAGACAGGUGUUUCUGAUUUUAAAUAAACCUGGUUCCGCUAUAGAUGUCGCGUGGAAUCUUUAAAUUGACGGGAUAAACCACGUUGUGUUUGCUAGCACUGAGUCAAUGAAGUGUUUUCAGUGCGGUUCCUAUGGGCAUGUAAGACGAGCGUGCCCGCAGAGGGAAGCAGCAGGUACUAGGGAGCAGGAAGCGAGGCAGGGAGGAGAGGAGCAGGCCGGCCCUGAGCCUGAACCUGGCCCGUCCACUGCUGGGACAGGGGAGCGGACUGGGAAUGAUCCGCAAGGAGCUGAGGCUCAACAGGGGACUGUGGGGCAGGGUGAAAGGGAAGCUAGUGGGACUGGCGACCGGGAACGAGGCGACGUAACAGGGCCAGGAGCGGAGGUUCCGCUGGAAACCCCGGUUUCCGAGCCGUCUGGUGCCCCGCUGUUUAAUGAACAGAGCUCGGUUAGGGUGGAAAGCGGGGAGGCUGGUGGUGGGCCUGUUGGUGGCCUCGAUCCGCCGGUGGAAGUGGCCGCUGCGCCCGAGGAGGGCGAAUGGAGUAGGGAAGGGACAGAGGCUGACCCGGACGAGGAGGAUGAUUUUUCUGAAUCCUCCCAGACGGACGAGGUUGGGUCGGCUCUAAGAGCAUUGCUCGGAUCCCCCAAUGGAAAGAAGUGUUUUACCUGUGUGGAUAAUGACUGCAGUACUUUGGAGUGCAAGAAAUCUGAAGAUCGCUGCUUUAAGGCCACAGCGUUCACUGAAGGGAAGAAAUUGACAGUGAAGGGAUGUGCCCCCCAAUUUUUGUGCUCAACAUCCAUGCAUUCUGUAAUAGAAAAAAUGUUUCCUGAAUUUUAUGGUUUGGUCAUGAGCUGCUGUGAGGGAAACCUGUGCAACAACGCCCUGCGCAUCGGACAGAGUGUCCUUUUCCUCCUCCUGGUGCCCGUGGCCUCUGUCAUCCUCUUCAACUAAGCAGCAUGUUGACCUGUUAUAUGAGUGUUUGGUUGUAUUGUAUCAAUCCAGACACAUGAUUACACCUUUUAGUGAAUACAUUAUAUAACAUUUCUUCUCAUCAAUUAAACAAAAUAAAAAAUAUUAGUGCAAAAUUAUGUUUAAUGUUUUGUUUUGUUUGUUUGUUUGUUUGGGGUUUUUGUUUAUAAAAAUGUAAUGGAAAUCAAACUGCCUCUUGUUUAAUCUAGAAUAACACAAGAGAAUUGUGUCUGAUGAAAUUUUGAAGUUUUCUGGUCACUGCGAAUGAGAAAGCACCAAACCAAUGGAGAGUUUUUCACCUGAUUGCAUAGCCUGUCAAAGGAAAACUUGAACAAAAUCAGAAACUUAUAAAAGAAACUUUUAUACAUCAACCCAAACACAAUUCAGAGCUCCUUGUUGGAAUGCGCUCUCUCUCUCUCUCUCUCUCGCUCUCUUUUUUCCAAACUUUUCUUUUUUUCGCACCGGUGAGGGUUUUUCAGGACUUGUACUGGUUAUUUUUUUCUUUCUGUUACACUGUUACACUAAGCACUAUUUACUAGUAGGCAGGCAACGUUUUUUAAAGAGGGCGACCAGCUUUGCUGGUCGGUAUGCCAACGUCCCUAGGUGGUGAGCGGCUCACUCGGCGAAAUGGCAUUAAAGCCGCCCGGAUCAUUUCUCAAUGUCGUUCAAUUUUAGGAUUGACAAUUUUGACUAUACUGUGUAUGCGACUUCUGAUAGCUUGAGAUGCUUUGUGUGCAACUGUGUAGGUCAUUUAGCUAGAUCCUGUCCGAACAGGGAGCCUGCUGCAGAUGAGCCUGCUGGCCCGUCUUCUUCCGGGGCAGGGGAAGCGCAAACAAACUCAGAUCAGGGGAGUAAUGAUAAUACUGAUAGUGUUGUGUCUGAAACAACAGAAGGGGUUGUAGGAAAAGGGGGGGAGAAGGUAGCAGAGGAGGCAAAUGAACAAGGGGCUUCUCAAGCAGAUAGCAUGGUUGGGGAGGAGGUGAAUGAACAAAGGGCUUCUCAAGUAGAUAGCAUGGGUGGGGAGGAGGUGAAUGAACAAGGGGCUUCUCGAGUAGAUCGCAUGGCUGGGGAGGAGGUAAAUGAACAAGGGGCAGCGCAAGCAGAUAGCAUGGUUACAGCCAUAGUUGAGGGUGGGGGGCCUGAGGAGGAAGAGAGUGAGAGUGUUUUCAAGAUACCAACAGUUAAAAGGAAAAGUUCACGUACAGCAGGACGUAUUGCAAAAACAAAAAAAGUAGACCAACAAACACCAGAUGAGAGAGUGGAGAGACAGGAUCUCACUUCUAGUGCUGCAGACUCUAGUGAGGACGAGUAUUUUUCAGACUCCUCUACAGCUAGUGGGCUUGAGCAGCCUACAGGUGGCUACACAAUUGAACAGAUAAUGAAGUUUCUGAAAACAACUAAGAAUCAAAAGAACAUUCAGAUUAAUGAACAUUUUCCUGAUCUGAGGCUAUUUGUCAGAUCUGUAAAGGCUCACAUGAGCAUCAAAGGGCAGGCAGCUUUUCCCAGUCCUGAGGUUUACAGAGUAUUAAAGUUUUUGCAAAAGGCAAAGGAACAAAUCAAGCUAAAUGAUGAUACUCAGACAUAGGCAAACUCCCCCUUUUCUCUGUUCAGUAUUUCUAAUGCUGUUUUAUUUGUUCUUUAUCACUCUACCAUACAUGGCAGAGGCUAAGAUAGCAACACUUAACCUGAAUGGGGCGAGGGAUGGUAGAAAGAGGGGAAUUUUUUUCCAGUUAUUAAAGCAAAAACACAUUGAUGUUACCUUUGCACAACAGACACACAGUGAUACUGGUAAUGAGGCUGACUGGAGGAAGGAGUGGGAGGGUGAGGUUUUUCUGAGCCACAAGAGCUCAAGUAGCUCAGGGGUGGCCAUUUUGUUUUCAAGAUCUUUCUUGCCACUCUCCUGUGUUGUAGAGGAGGUGGUUAGAGGUAGACUUUUGAAGGUGGUUGCAAAAUUCGAUCACUUCAACAUAGCCUUUAUUAAUGCGUAUGCCCCAACAUAUGGACCAGAGAGGGUGAUUUUUCUGAAUGUGCUUAAUGAAAUAAUAGCUAAAUGUAACACUGAUGACUUGUUGUAUGUUGCUGGAGAUUUUAAUUGUACAGUGCAGGACACAUUGGAUAGGAACCAUACAGAACCACAUGCACCUUCCAGCAGAUUGAUCUGUCAAGUUAUUGAGACACAUGAGCUGUGUGAUGUCUGGAGGUGUGUCCAUGGACAGCAUAGGCAGUACACCUGGAUGCACACUAGAGGGAAUUCAAUCACAAUGGCUAGAUUGGAUAGGAUAUAUGUGUUUGAGCAUCAAGCUAGUGCAAUAAAACAGUGUUGUAUAACCCCGGUGGGUUUUUCUGGUCACAGCUUAGUGACAGGGACUUUUUCCAUCCAAUCUUUUAAACCUGGGAGUGCUUACUGGCAUUUUAACAAUACACUCCUACAAGACUCUAAUUUUAGGGAGGUUUUUGGUUUUUUUUGGGGUACAUGGAAGAAGCAAAGACAUACUUUCAAAUCUUUGCAAAAUGGUGGGAUUGUGGUAAAAUACGGAUUAAACAGUUGUGUCUGCAAUACACUUUAAAUGUCACAAGAGACAUCACCCAGUCCAUGAAGGCGCUGGAGAGCGAAAUAGAGGAUCUCCAAACUUUGGUGGAGACCUCUGGAGAAAGAGAAACAAUUGGUGUUCUCAAAGCCAAAAAAACGUCUUUGGUUGACCUGCUGGGCAUACGGGCUCAGGGAGCACUGGUGCGGUCAAGGUUCCAGGAUGUAGCUGAGAUGGAUGCCCCAUCAAAGUUUUUCUUUGGCUUAGAGAAGAAAAGUGGUCAGAGUCGGUUAAUUCACUGUCUGAAAUCAGUCACAGGUCAGGAGCUCACAGAGCUUACUGCAAUCCGACGGAGGGCAGUGGAGUUAUUUUCAGAGCUUUACAUGAGUGAAUACAGAGAGGAGGCAGAGAUAGCAAAUGCUUUCUACGACGGGCUUCCAACCGUUCAUGCCAGUGGGGAUCUAGGGGGGGUUCUAUCUCUACAGGAACUAUACACAGCACUUCAGGGCAUGGCGAGUGGGAAGGCCCCUGGAAUUGAUGGGCUGCCAGUAGAAUUUUAUAAGGGCUUCUGGCAGGUGGUAGGUGAAGACUUGCUAUCCGUGCUCAAUGACAGUCUGGCUGGAGGGUCACUGCCGUUGAGCUGCAGGAGGGCGGUUGUGACCUUGCUGCCAAAAAAGGGUGACCCUAAGGAGGUGAAGAACUGGCGGCCCGUGGCAUUGCUCUGUACUGAUUACAAACUCCUCUCCAAGGCUCUGGCUAACCGACUGAAGGAAGUGAUUGGGCAGGUUAUUGGUGCUGACCAAACCUACUGUGUGCCUGUGUAGCUGAGUCAAUAUGUUUGUUUUAUUUUUAUUUUUUGGUGAACAUUCUCAAAACCAUUGUGUUAUAUUUUCUUUCAUUGGGUCAAAGUUUUGGUAUAUCGCCAAUUUAAUAUUGAGGGAAUGAAUGUGAAAAUAGCUCCGGUUUACCUGUUGUUGCAGGGGGGGCUUUAAUUAUUGACGCACAAUUAGCUGCAGAAGGGACGUAAUUGUGAAAAACGCGCCAGAACUUGGACAGCUUUUGUGCUGGUAAGACGUGUUGUGGAACGCUCUCUCCUUUGAAUAAUCUAGCGUGUUUAAAAGUAAUAUAACCUGGUUUAAAGUGCAUGGAAACGUAAAGAUACAUCAUUGCUAAUGUUUCCUUGAGUCUGUCAUUGAGUUUCGUCAGAAAAACGGACAUUAUUGCUGUUAAAUCUGUCGGAGAUUUUCUCCUCAAUUGCAUAUUUCCUAACUCGCUGCAGGUGAAGGAGAGAGAGUCGGUUAACACUGUGUGUACUGAUUGUGCCCCGUGCUGCUCUUUAUAGGUAUGUUACCGUGUUAAAAUUGUUAUCUGUGAUGUAUUUCGUGUACUUUUAUGGAAGAACUGCACUGAAUAAGUAGCUUGAAUUUGGAGGAAAAGAUCGGUUUUAAUUAGUGCGCACGUGUUAUUUUUUCAUUUUGCAAAGAUGUUUAAUUCUAUAUGUAAAGUGAAGGAUAAGAACUCUAAUAAAACAAGUUGCAUUUUGUUUAAUGGGUAUUAAUGUUACUCACUGGAUAUUUGCAAGUUCUUUUGUUUUUAAUGUAACUGUUAAUUUCAAAUAUAUAUGCAAAGGCAUGCAUUCACUGUGCACUUAUCUUAUUUGUAUUAUUUUGUGUAUUACAACAACAACAAAAAAAACAGAACUUGGACAGCUUUUGUGCUGGUGAAGGAGAGAGAGUCAGUUAACACUGUGUGUACUGAUUGUGCCCCGUGCUGCUCUUUAUAGACCAUUAAAGUGCAGAUCCUUCCUGAA